AUGGCACGUUGCGUCCCUCCCCGCAACCGGCCUGGUGGUGGCGCGGCCAUAAACUGAGGAGGCGGAGCUGAGACGGGAAUCGUACUGCUUACUAACUUCAGGACCAGGUUUGAAUUUUUGAAACUGAAGUAGGUCUACACAUUAGGAACUCAUGUCUUUUCUUGUAAGUAAACCAGAGCGAAUUAGGCGGUGGGUCUCGGAAAAGUUCAUUGUUGAGGGCUUAAGAGAUUUGGAACUAUUUGGAGCCCGAAUGCCAACAACCCAUUUCUCUACUCCAGAGCAGCCUCCGGGUGACGCUCGGAGAAAAACCAAUGAGGCGAGCUCAGAGUCGAUAGCAUCCUUCUCGAAGCCGGAGAUCAUGAGUAGCUUUCUGCCAGAGAGGGGGUGUUAUGAGCUACUCACCGUCAUAGGCAAAGGCUUUGAGGACCUAAUGACAGUGAAUCUAGCAAGGUAUAAACCAACGGAGGAGUAUGUGACAGUACGAAGGAUUAACCUGGAGGCUUGUUCCAACGAGAUGGUGACGUUCCUGCAGGGGGAGCUGCAUGUCUCUAAGCUCUUCAGUCACCCCAACAUCCUCCCGUACCGAGCCACCUUCAUCGCUGACAACGAGCUGUGGGUGGUGACCUCAUUCGUGGCCUAUGGUUCUGCCAAGGAUCUCAUCUGCUCGCACUUCAUGGACGGCAUGAGUGAGCUGGCCAUCGCCUACAUCCUGCAGGGGGCGCUCAAGGCCCUAGACUACGUCCACCACAUGGGCUACGUUCACAGGAGUGUCAAAGCCAGCCAUAUCCUGAUCUCCGCGGACGGGAAGGUCUACCUCUCCGGCUUACGCAGCAACCUCAGCAUGAUCAGCCACGGGCAGCGCCAGAAGGUGGUGCACGACUUUCCCAAGUACAGUAUCAAGGUCCUGCCCUGGCUCAGCCCAGAAGUCCUGCAGCAGAAUCUGCAGGGUUACGAUGCCAAGUCCGACAUCUACAGCGUGGGGAUCACAGCGUGCGAGCUGGCCAACGGCCACGUUCCCUUUAAGGACAUGCCCCCCACCCAGAUGCUGCUGGAGAAGCUGAAUGGCACGGUGCCCUGCCUGCUGGACACCAGCACCAUCCCCGCUGAGGAGCUGACCAUGAGCACCUCGCGCUCCGCCGCCAACUCGGCCCUCAGCGACAGCCUGGCCACCAGCACCCCCCGGACCUCCAACGGCGACUCGCCCUCCCACCCCUAUCACCGCACCUUCUCCCCCCACUUCCACCAUUUUGUGGAGCAGUGCCUUCAGCGCGACCCCGACGUGAGACCGAGUGCCAGCAGCCUCCUGAACCAUUCUUUCUUCAAGCAGAUCAAGCGGCGUGCCUCAGAGGCCCUGCCCGAGCUCCUCCGGCCCGUCACCCCCAUCACCAGCUUCGAGGGCAGCCGGUGCCAGGACCACGGCAGCAUCUUCGGCCUGGUAGCAAACCUGGAGGACCUGGAGCUGGGCGACUGGGAGUUCUGAGCCUCGGAGGUCCCAGUACCUGUCCGGCCCGGCCGGGACUCCUGGGGGCUGUGCCCCCCCCCCC